UUUCUUACACACACACAGACAAUCAUUUUUGUGAGGGGUUUAAGCACUUGAAUUAUAUGUUCAUGUUUUAAAUCCAAAACUCUCUCUUCUUGUCCACAACUACCAUUCUCUCUCUCUCUCUCUCUCUCUCUCAACUUCAGAUUACACAUUUCAACUACAAAUUUACCAGCUCUGCAUCAAAUCACUUGUUCAGGCCAAGGAAUAAUUCAGAUCAUCUUCGUGUUCUUUUGGAUCACACUGUUUCGUUAAUGUUCCGAUGACUUUACAAUUACCUUGUUGAAGACUACUCUUUGGGAUACUGCAACACUGUCUACAUUUGAAUAUCUUAUUAGCAUGCGGGCUUAAGAUAUGGUUUUGAAGAAGAGGCAAGAAUAUGGGUUUCAUGGAAACCAAAUUCCAGUUGUGCCCACAGGUCCAAGAUCUUUAAGGAGGAGGAGGAGUUUUAAAAAGGAAUCACUGGACGAUGACCAACUUUGUGCAUUUGAAUUGCUGGCAGCUGUAGCUGGCAAGUUGUUGCGGGAGAGUGAAAGCUCUGCUUCUAGUAAUGUUGCAGAAGGAAAAGUGCAACUUGGUAUGCACAAGGAUGGUAUAAAAAAGGAACAAGUUGAAGAAACAGUUGCAAGACCAGAGUGCCUUGAUCAGGAAAGCUGUAUAGAGAGUGUAAUAGUCCCUAAAUCAGCAGUUCUAGAGCGCAGUACUAAAUCUACUACAAAGGAACUUCCGCUUGUUGGGAACAUUUCUGUUUCUGAACAUAUAUCUGUUGUCACAAAUUCUAAUUUCUUGGACAAAGUUGGUGGUGAUGCGAAACAUAAGAAAUGUACAAGUAAAGCUGCAGCUAGAAGCUUCCUCAGUAAAUCAGAAGAGAGCUUCCUUGGUAUUGGAAAAUUAUGUGAUGUCAAUAUAGGUGAUAAUGCUCAAAGAAUGCAGGAGGGUGUAGGGAAACAGAACGGACACUUUAAUAUGGUCAACUGCGGUGGUUUGGAGGAUCCACAGGACUAUUAUGUGCAUAGUACUCAUAAACCGAUAAAUUUCGAGGGUAGCAUAAAGUUUCCUUUGUACAGGGAUAAUGUUCCAGUUGCUUCUUUUCACAAGCAUGGGAACAAUGUCAAAAUAGCUGAUAAAGAUGAUGAUGAAAAUUACUUUAGGAGUUCUUACCUUAACACCAGGAUAAAGGCCUCAAGGCCACAAUCACGCUUCGGAUAUCGAAGAAUGAAGAAGUUGAUGACAUCUAGAAAUUGGAGAACAGCACCAAAGUUGAUUGAUUACGAAUUUAAUAGCACUGGUAGGGGAGAUAGGCCUAUCUAUCACAAAAGAAAAACUGGAAAUGCAUAUGGAGGAUAUCAACGUGAGCUACAUUCUAAACGGAGGCGGUUGCAUGACCGUCGGAAAAUGUGUCAUUAUAGAUCAGCAACUGCAUAUGAUCAGCAGGCAAGUAGUGAAAGUAUUUCAAACUUUCCUGAGAAAGCCAUGAAGGGAGACAAUAGUGGGACACCUGCUUUGCAUAGAGAAAAUGUAGUCUCGUCUUCAGAUAUUGGUCAUAAAGCAUCUUUCCAUGCCAAAGAUACUCGUGUGAAGUUUAGCAUCAAAUCCUUUAAAGUACCGGAGCUUUAUAUUGAAGUUCCGGAAACUGCUACUGUAGGUUCACUGAAGAUGACUGUCAUGAAGGCUGUCAAUGCUAUACUUGAAGGUGGUUUACACGUCGGAGUAGUUCUUCAAGGGCAGAGAGUUGAAAAUGACAACAUAACCCUUCGGCAGAUUGGUAUCUCUCAUGAUGAGGACCUUGACACUCUAGGUUUCACAUUGGAGCCUAAUUUGUUACAAGCUACUUCACCUAUAUCUCGUAAAGAUCCCCCAGUUCUGCUACCAUGCAACAAACAACAAGAUUUAUCCAGGUUGCCAGUUCCUGCUCUGGAUUCAGGAUUCCUUAAGUCCUCGUAUGACCCAGUUCCGGUCACUAAAUUGGAUAAUCAUGUAGAAAAUAAUCAGGAAAUUGUUCCAUAUUUUACUGAUGUUUUAACAGAUGUAUCAGUGUCUAAAGCACUGGUUCCUGUUCCCCCAAUGAAUGUGAACACACUGGCAAUUGUCCCGCUAAACCAGAAAGCUAAGAGAACAGACCUUUCGCAGCGCAGAACUAGGAGACCUUUCUCUGUUUCAGAAGUAGAAGCACUAGUUGAAGCAGUUGAGAAACUUGGCACUGGAAGGUGGCGUGAUGUUAAAAUGCGUUCCUUUGAUGAUGUAAAUCAUCGAACUUAUGUGGAUUUGAAGGAUAAAUGGAAGACGCUAGUCCAUACAGCAAGUAUCGCCCCCCAGCAGCGUCGGGGACAGCCUGUACCCCAGGAGCUUUUGGACAGGGUCUUAGCUGCGCAUGCUUACUGGUCUCAGCAUCAAUCCAAGCAACACGGUAAACAUCAAAUUCAGCCUCUUAAAUUUGCUGGAGAGGUUGGAGUCUGAAAAGUCGAUUGCUAACAUUAUGGUUGUACAAAAAUUCGUGGUUUAGGAAUGGAGAUAGACCGAAAACUGUGCAAAUAUUAUUCAGUUCCAUUGUACUAUUAACAUCUGGUUCCGAUUCAUUGCCAGGCUUCUCCCUAUCGGGAGAGGGUGGCACUUGUAAAUGAAUUGAUUGAAUAAGCAGCACUCGACAUUCGAUUGUAAUUGAGGAUUAGCUGAUUUAAUUGUUGCAAGUAGUUUAAAACUGUAAAGUUAGUUCCUUUGUUUUCGCAGGUGUACUAUGUAAUUUACUUGGACCUUCUCGGUGAAUAGUAAUGAGAACAUUUGGUCUACAGAUUUAAUAAGACUCGUGUUGUGAUAGAAAUUUGUGGAA